AAUCAACCCUUUCUUGAACGAGGCUGCUAUGUUGUUUUGGCGAUCUUACUCAUUCACACCAUAACACCGCCAUGGCUACAGAGGAGCUGAGUUCUGCAAAGAGGGUCGUUAUUGUUGGAGGAGGAGUUGCUGGUGCUCUUCUCGCAAAAACUCUCCAAUUCCGUGCCGAUGUCACCCUCAUAGAUCCUAAGGAGUAUUUUGAAAUUCCAUGGGCAAACUUGAGAUCAAUGGUGGAGCCAUCUUUUGCAAAGAGGUCAGUGAUCCGGCAUACUGAUUACUUCAAAAAUGGACGUAUAAUCACAUCUCAUGCAAUUAACAUCACCGACACUGAAGUGUUAACUGCGGAUGGUCUUCUGGUUCCCUAUGAUUAUCUUGUCAUAGCCACUGGCCAUGCUGAUUCUGCCCCCAAAGCAAGAACUGAAAAGCUCCAACAGUAUGAAGCAGAAUACCAAAAGAUAAAAUCUGCUGAUUCGAUUUUAAUCAUUGGAGGGGGUCCCACUGGCGUUGAACUUGCUGGAGAGAUUGCUGUUGAUUUCCCUGAGAAGAAGGUUACUCUGGUUCACAGAGGGUCAAGGUUGCUAGAAUUCAUUGGACCAAAGGCUUCUAAGAAGACAUUAGAUUGGUUGAUCUCAAAGAAGGUUGAAGUGAUUUUGGAGCAGUCAGUUGACUUGAACUCUGUACCAGAUGGAGAUGGGACAUAUAAAACAUCCGGUGGAGAAACUAUAAGGGCUGAUUGCCAUUAUGUUUGCAUUGGUCAACCAACGGGUUCAGCCUGGCUAAAGGAGACCAUACUAAAGGAUAUGUUGGAUAUGCAUGGGAGAUUGAAGGUUGAUGAGAACUUGAGGGUUAUCGGUCGGAAGAACAUCUUUGCCAUUGGGGAUAUUACUGACAUUCAGGAGAUCAAACAAGGUUACAUUGCACAUAGGCAUGCUUUAUUGACUGCCAAGAACUUGAAGCUUUUGAUGAAUGGAGAAAAAGAAAGCAAGCUGGAAAAAUACAAGCCUGGUAGCCCACUUGCACUUGUUUCGCUUGGGAGGAAAGAAGGCGUGGCACAACUCCCCUUCACAACAAUAAUCGGAUGCAUUCCUGGAUAUAUCAAAUCCAAGGACAUGUUUGUUGGGAAGACAAGGAAGGAAAUGGGCCUACAAUCUUAUCCCGCGGAGAAUGAAUGAGAGCUGAGUGAAAUUAAUGUACUAUCUGUAAAUUUUUUCCAGUUUUUUCUUAUUUCUUCCUCAGACUUGUUUCUGCAGAAGUCAAGUAAGCAAAUAGCCUUCCAACCCUUGUGAUGUCCAGGCUAAAAGUGAGAGUCAAGAGAAACAGGUUCGUGGAUAAUUGUUGUUUCUUGUAUUCUUCUUUUAAUACUUUUUUUAAUUAUUUUCAACUCUGUAAGUUUCUUGUUACCU